UAUCUUUCUGGAGUGUCGCCACGCCCCCUGCGUCUGCACACCUGUGCCACAGAGGGACCCCAGCUGUGCAGUCCUUUCACCUGCUCGCUUCCGCCCUCCGCGCUGCUCCUUGUCGCAAUGGGGUUCCCGUUACAGGUGCUCUGGCGGCGCGGCCCCGCCCUCUUCGCCCCGCCCCUCUCCGCCAGGCUCAGGUGCACAAGCCGGAAGUGCGCUCUUUGCCUAGGUCCUGGGUCGCAGGUGCCCUCCUCGACCCAAGAUGCGGUAGGAAUUGGAGCCCUGGGGAAGUCCUGUCCUUGGCGCCACCAACUCGUCGCCCAAGCUCAUGGCGACCCCAGGCCUGGGGCUGCUCUUGGCGUUUGGCUUGCCGAUGCUGCCCUCCGGCUGGAGCCAAGAAACACCGGACUCUUUCACAAAUAGCACAACUCAACCCCCAGAUGGCGGCGGGUCCAACGGGGGCUUGUCCUCAGAGGCCAUCGUGGCCAUCACUGUGGUCUUUUCCAUUCUGGGAGCCCUCCUCAUAGCAGUGGGGCUAUUCCUGCUAAUGAGAAAACUUCGAGAAAAGCGGCAGACAGAGGGCACCUACCGGCCGAGCAGUGAGGAGCAGUUUUCCCACGCAGCAGCUGAGGCCCGGGCCCCCCAGGACUCCAAGGAGCCAGUGCGGGGCUGCCUGCCCAUCUAGCUCCUCCCCUCCUUCCCUGUCAUCCAUCUUCCCUUCCUGGCUGUGUGACCUUGUGGAAGGCGACAACCCCUUUGGGCAGUCAGACUCAUACAAUACUCAAUAGAAGGGGAGAGAGUUCUUCAGAGACCUUGACUUUGAGGGCAAGCGAGGAUGGGGCUGCUCACUUUUUAUAUAUUUAUAUGAAAUUGAUAGGUACAAUAAAGGUUUCUUGUUUUUGUUUUUUUA